AGAAGCGUGCGAUCCACGCUGAAAAGACUUCAAUCUGGCCGAAAACGGUUGUUUGAAUCCCAUCAGCAGAACCGGAAACACGGCCACCAUUUGUAACAAUCCACGUAAUAAGACUGAAAGGCCACUGCCCGGGAAGAUAGUACAGAAAAUGGCAUCCACUGGCGAAAUUUGGCUGCAGUGGUUCUCAUGUUGUUUUCAACAACAACGAUCCCCAUCCCGACGACCACAUCAACGCCUGCGCAUCGAUCGAUCAAUGAUCGGCAAUCCCACAAACUUUGUACACACCGGACACAUUGGAUCCGCCGAUGUGGAGCUGUCCGCCAACCGGCUCAAUGCGAUCUCAACCCAAAUGCAGAGCAAGGGCGGCUACGAAACAAACUCGAUACACUCGCUACAUGCCUGCUGAUGAAGGAACUUUACAACAUGGCUACUAAGUGCAUUUUGUGCAAUUUUCUGAAACAAAAACGAAACAAGAAACCUACAACAACAUCAUCAACAACAAUAACAAAAUUUAUAAUUCUUUGUUAAACGCAAGCAGCGUGUUAUCAGGCGGCGAGGGUGACUAACAGAGAAAGAAAAUAUCAGACAUUGGGUGGUGGAAGGUGGGAAGUGCGAGGUGGAUGGAUUGUAGGUUCUGACACUGCAGCAGCAGCAGCAGCAUAAAUGGGUUCCACACACCACAAACAGCAACUGUGGAAUAAGAGUAAUUUAAACGGACAAUGGACUCCAUUUGAGUGUGUGUGUGUGUGUAUGUGUGUGGGUAUAUCUACAUGUGUGCAUUGGAUGACCAGCUACUAAUCGUAGGAAUUUAAAAUAUGGAUUUGGCCUUUACAAGAUUUGUGUAGACGAGCUACAGAUGCGUUUGUGAGUAUUAUAUAGAUGAAAAAUCGCAAAAGAUAGCUGCAGAUCGUCAUAUAGAGAGACAGUUGGGGGGGUCAGCCCUGUACUUAAUGCCAAAACCAGGGCAUGCAAUCAGUUAACAUAUAUUAUACCGAUGUUAAACCCGUAUCGAGCAUUCUUGAUUGCAUGCAAUAUAAA